GUGUGUUCUAUGGACAAAAAUCCUGUAAGGGUUUAAAACCAAAUCUGGAAACGCUAUGAUUUUAUUUGAUAUAAAUGAUGGGUUUAAAAUCACCAAACUAACACCAACAUAUCCUAUUUAAUCAGUUUAAUUUUAGAACUCUGAAGAUCUGCACCUGCCGCUGUCACUGCACACACACACACACACACACACACACACACACACACACACACACACACACACACACCGACCUGAGUGUGUGAGUGUGUGUAUGAUGGAUACACAGUGUGUAACUCCUUCAUUGAAAGAGCUGGAGAGGAUUCUGUAUGGAGGGAAACGGAGUGGGAAUCAUGUAGACGAGGUCUGGCCCAACCUGCUCCUUGGAGACAUGUCGAUAGCUAAUGAUCGCUACAGCCUGUGGAAACUGGGGAUCUCACAUGUUCUAAAUGCUGCUCAUGGGAAAGCACACUGCUGCGGCAGCCACCAGUUCUAUGGCUCGUGUGUGGAAUACUAUGGCGUUCCUGCGGAUGAUUCACCCUCCUUCAAUCUCGCUGCGUACUUCCAAUCGUGUGCAGACUACAUCCAUCAAGUGCUGAACACUCCUGGAGCACGCCUGCUGGUCCACUGUGCAGUAGGUGUGAGUCGCUCUGCUUCAUUGGUUAUCGCCUAUCUGAUGAUUCAGCACCGACUCCCCCUGCUGGAGGCGAUCAACACGAUCAAACAGCGACGGUGGAUUUUCCCUAACCGUGGAUUUCUCCAGCAGCUUCGAGCGCUCGAUAUGAAACUGCACAACACAUAUAUGAGGAGGACAGAGGAGGUUCCUCUUUCGGUUCCUCUGUAAAAUAGAAAGAUGACAGAGUGAACAAUUAUUGUUGUAUGAACUUAGAGAGAUUGAAGAGAGAGUGCUGUGGGAGCGAGCGUUUAUAGCUGCUAGAACAUGAG